AUGUCAGAUUCAUCAACGGCACUCGAGCAGCCGCGUCCACAAACACCCAAAAGACCGGGGGCCUCUGCAUUGUUCUGGCUCGGCCUCUCUUACACGCCACUCAUUGCCCGAGUGUCACUCUCUCACUCGCUCAACCUCGCAGAUAGCUCACCGUACCAGGACCUGCGAAGCGCCGUAACCGUUGCCUUUCUCCGCGCCUUCAUUGCGCCCAAGGAAGGAAACCCGCGUCCCUUUUCCCAGACCCAAAGGCGUACCGUGACCAAGUUGCCCAUCAAAGGAAGAAUAUGGGUCAGCAACUACACGGUCCCCAUACCUCCGGAGCCGGAAUCCAUCACGGAAGCAGUCGGCAAGGUGAUCGAGUCCCUGAACAAUCCGGAUGUCCCAGUCCCCAAGACUUAUUUGCCCCAUGUAGCUCCCGUGUCUGGUGAGUGGACGGGCUAUCGAGCCGGCGCCAAACAAGAUGAGCCGGCCCCAAGCAUCUCAGACAGAGAAAAGUACGUUGAGAUGAUGAAGGAGGUGAAGAAGCCAACGACCAUCUUGUACCUCCACGGCGGGGGGCAUGCGUUCCUGGACCCUGCUAGUCAUCGGCCGACAGUGAAGAAGCUGGCCAAGAUUACGGGUGGCCGGGCCUUUUCCGUACGGUACAGAUUGGUGCCGCAGAGUCCUUUCCCGACAUCUCUUCUGGAUUGCCUGAUUGCAUAUCUCAUGCUCCUCUAUCCGCCGCCGGGGGCGUUCCACGACCCGGUGAAACCAGAGCACAUUGUUAUUUCAGGAGACAGCGCCGGCGGAAACUUGACCAUGGCCUUGAUUCAAGUCAUUGUCGAGCUAAAUCGCCUUGGACAACGCAUCACAUGGCACGGCGAACCGCGGGACAUUCCCAUCCCCGCCGCAACGGCCUGCAACUCCCCUUGGCUUGACAUCUCCCACAGCUCCAGGCCGUACUAUGGAACGAUUCCAGGAGCCUUUGACUAUCUCGGCCCCCUGGACGACAUGGGGCGGAAAGGCCUGACCCCCUGCGACAUCUGGCCCGCCCAAUCCCCGCGGAAAUUCAUGUACGCAGCCGACGACAUCAUGACGCACCCAUUGGUGUCGCCCGUCAUGCGACGAGACUGGGCGGGGUUUCCCCCCGUCUACUUCUGUACAGGGUGGGAAAGACUCGCGUACGAGAACAAGUUCCUGGCGCAGAAACUCGAGCGCGACGGCGUGACCAUGGUGUUUGAGGAGUACGAAGCCAUGGCGCACUGCUUUGCGCUCGUGCUGGGCAGCCUUGCCGAGUCGCGGAGGUGUCUGGACGGCUGGGCAGGCUUCAUUCGACAGGCCGUAGAGAAUCCGGCCGGCUUGAGAUCCAGCGCCAUGACCAUUCAUGCCAAGACGUUGAGGGAGACUCCCCUCGACUUUGGCGACUUGUUCGAUGUUUCAGAGGGGGAGGUCAGGAAACGGGUCGUGGAUAAAGUGGCCGAGACGCAGGCUUGGAUACCCUCAGAGUCCAAGCUGUAG